AUGACUUCUUAUCUCAACUACUUUGGCUUUGGAGGCGACAAAGCGUCGUCUGCAAAAGUUGGAGACGUCUCUCCAGCAAAACAGUCUCCAGUCAGAGCCUUACCAGCAACAUGGUACACUUCACCAGAAAUGUAUGAGUUUGAGCGACGAGCAAUCUUUACUCGUAGAUGGCUCUUCAUGACGCACAGCUCACGCAUCAAGAAUGCUGGAGACUUUCUUCGAUUCAACAUUGCUGGAUACGAUAUCGUCAUUGACCGUGACCGUACCGGAGCUGUGAAUGCCUUUCAUAAUGUAUGUCGGCAUCGUGCUUAUCCUGUCAUCGAGAAGAAGCAAGGCAAUGCGAAGAUCUUUGCCUGCAGAUAUCAUGGCUGGUCGUACGGUCUGAAUGGAAACCUUGCCAAAGCACCCGGCUAUCAAGAUCUCGAGGGCUAUCAGAAGGAACAAAACAGUCUUUUCCGCAUCCAUGUCAAAGUCGAUAUCAACGGUUUCAUCUGGAUCAACAUGGACGCGAAAGAAAUACCUGAAGUGCCUUGGGAAGAACACUUUGCCAAUGUCGACAAGCAAGAAAGAUACAAAGACAUCAACUUUGACGACUACGAACUCGACCACACUUACGAGUUGGAAGGAGACUUCAACUGGAAGAUCCUAGCAGACAAUUUCAAUGAGUGUUAUCAUUGUCCCACGACUCACCCAGACAUUCCUGAUUUCAUCAAUCUCGAGACUUUUGAUUCUGUUCUCAAGGAUGGUCAUAUACAGCAUCACUGUAUCUCUACCCCAGAGCAAGCAGCANAAGGCUUGGGUGUACACAGUACAUACUACUUUCCCAACACUUCCAUGACGGCCUCUUNNAGCCCCCACUUCAUCAUGGUCCAGAAGUUCAUCCCCAAUGGCCCUCUGAGAUCAACAAUGGACUACGAAAUAUACCGCAACAAGCAUUCCUCGGAAGAAGACUUCAAACUCAUCAGUUCUAUGUAUGCUCGAGUUAUGGCAGAAGAUAAAGUGCUUUGUGAUCAAGCACAGAAGAACCUCAACAUUGGAGUGUUUGUGAAUGGACAGUUGCAUCCGAAGUACGAGAAAGCACCCUUGUUUUUCCAACAGACUGUUAGGGAGGUUAUCACGGCACACUUUAGAAGAGAGCAGCAAGAGGGCAAACAGAUUUGGCCUGCGAAGAGGGAAGCUGAUGAUGAAGUGAGUAGAGAGGAUGUCUUGAUUUGUGAGGGUAUCAGCUGUGGCGAGAAGAAGGAGGCUUUGGUCUGGUAA